UACCUCCAACGAUCGUCCCCGUCAAAGGCCAUGGAUCGUGCUCCAAAUUUGAAUGAUUUGACAGAAAUGGAAAUUAUUCAGCGGUACAGAUUUGACAUGAAUGGCAUCUUAUAUCUGGAACAGUUAAUCGGGAAUGGAAUCACCCCAAAAGUGAAUAGAAAUAAUGCCUUACGUGCCCGGCAGAAAAUAUUAAUCACAUUAAGAAGUCACAAAAUCACACGAGCUCUUGUUGAGAGAUCUAUUGGACAACUUAAGAAAAGGUUUGGUGUUCUCCAUGGAGAAAUAAAUUUGGAGCCACACAAAGUUUGCAAGGUGAUUGUAGCAUGUUGUGUUCUGCACAACAUCUGCAAAGAGAGAGCAAUCCCUAUUAACGGCGAUGAUGAUUCUGAUGACGAGGAUGAUAAUGCAGAUGAUCAACUGGCACAGGGAGUGCGGCAACCUCCAAAUGUGGCGGGAAAUAGAUUCAGGGAUCAUGUUGCAGCAACAUAUUUCAGGCCAUGAUUUCCAUGCAGGUGCUGCAGUGACUGCAGCCGUUGUUGUUAGUGUUGUUGCUGGUACUACUUCCAGAACAGUUGACAAUGUAACUUGUGGAAAUAUCCUGUACCAGCUGUAGUGGCUCCUCGUAGUCAGACAUUAAGAAAUAAGAAAAUAUUUACACUCAGAGAAAGCCUAUGGUGUAAUAAUGUUUGACUUAUGUUUGUUAUUAAAUAAUGUAUUUAAUGAAAUUCAUAUGUCAGAAUUAUGUAUACAAUUUGUUUUCUUACUCAAUGGUAUGCGAAGGCUGUGAAGGUGUCUCCACUGCACUGCAAUUCGAAUUGAAAGCAAUUAAAAGCAAUUUAAAAGUGAUACAAGUGUUUUAAAUACAAUUCAUUCAAUUCAAUUUUAAACAGUCUGUAGAUAAAAGAAUGGUUUACAUUUAGUAAAUUAAAUACCUUUGCAUUUGAAGUAUUGUGCUGUCCAGCCCACUGCCUAAUCCUACAAUGUUGGGUGAAUUUUCCCCAACAACUGCCAUAACUCGUUCUGUCACCUCAGACAGUUUCACAGGAUUUGUUCCAGAACCUGAAUAAUAAUGGUGUAACAACUCCAUUAAAUUGAUCAUCUGCAAUUAUUUAGCUUGUAGCUAUAUUUACAUAAUAAUCGCUUGUACCAAAAGAUUAAUCUAAUUUUGAAUAUUCACAGAAGUGUUUGAGUUGUUAAAAACAAUUGUUUGUUAAAACUGCACCUGUGUGUGAUUAUUGCGGUUAUAAACUUUAAAAACAUAAUUGUUGCUUCACCUUUUUUAA